GAUGCGCGAUUGUGUGUCCACAUUAAAUGUUGCGCGAAGGUAAGGCAUACAGCCUCUUGUGAAAAGGAACAUUCAGAGAGAAGCCAGCUAUCUAAGUAAUUGAUUUCAGAAUCCCUGGAUAUUCAGCACUAUAACUGAACAGGACAUUUAUUGAGCUUUUGUCGCAGGUGGUGAGGAGUCGGCCAGAUGAACUAGAUCCAGGGGAACCCGUAGCCGGGGACAUGACUGAUCCGUUGGCUGUUUUCUGCUGAAUGGAUUAGGGUGUGCUGUGACCAUGCGUUGCCUGGCGGCCCGGGUCAACUACAAGACCCUGAUCGUCAUCUGCGCCCUCUUCACCCUCCUCACCAUGCUUCUGUGGAACCGUUGCUCCAGCGACACCGCCCUGCGCUUCCUCCCGCGGGCCCCGCCGCCACCCCCCAGCGCUAAGGGGGGCGACGCCAGCAUUAGCAGCCAGCAGCAGCCCCCGGAGCCGCCGCCCAUAGUAGGCGGAGCUGCCGGCAUCAAGUACGAAGAGAUGGACUGCCUGAUUAACGACGACGUCACGAUAAAGGGUCGGCGGGACGGUGCUGAAGUGUACUUUCCUUUCAGCUGGCUGGAGAAGUACUUUGAGGUGUACGGCAAGGUGGUGCAGUACGACGGUUACGAGCGCUUUGAGUUCCAGCACAGCUACUCCAAGGUGUACGCGCAGCGCGAGCCCUACCACCCGGAUGGCGUCUUCAUGUCCUUCGAGGCAUACAACGUGGAGGUGCGCGACCGCGUCAAGUGCAUCAGUGGAGUGGAAGGCGUGCCCCUCUCCACCCAGUGGGGUCCCCAGGGUUACUUCUAUGCCAUCCAGAUCGCCCAGUACGGCCUGAGCCACUACAGCAAGAACCUGACGGAGCGGCCACCCCAUGUGGAGCUGUACGACGCGGCCGAGGAGAAGGACAACCGCGCGGGCUCACCCAGCGGGCCCUGGACGGUCCCCAAGGGCUGCAGCCUCACACGGCUCCACGACAAGGGCCGUGCCACCGCUGUGCGCCAGUUCAGUGCCCCAGAGAACUCUGAAGGUGUCUCCCUCCCCCUGGGCAACUCCAAGGACUUUAUCAUCUCCUUCGACCUCAAGUUCACCUCCAACGGAAGCGUGUCUGUGGUGCUGGAGACCACGGAGAAGGGCGCGCCCUUCAUCAUCCACUAUGUCACCUCCACUCAGCUCAUCGCCUUCAGCGGCCGCGACAUCACCUACGGCAUCGGGCCCCGUACUGCCUGGUCCACGGUCACCCGGGACCUGCUGACCGACCUGAGGAAGGGCGUGGGCCUGUCCAACACCAAGGCCGUCAAGGCCACCAAGGUGAUGCCGCGGCGGGUUGUGCGACUGAUAGUCCGUGGUCGCGGUACCAUCGACAACGUCACCAUCUCCACCACGGCGCACACGGCUGCUUUCUUCGCCGCCAGUGACUGGCUGCUGCGCAACCAGGACGAGCGUGGCGGAUGGCCCAUCAUGGUCACACGCAAGCUGGGCGAGGGCUUCCGCCCGCUGGAGCCUGGCUGGUACUCCGCCAUGGCGCAGGGCCAGGCCAUGUCGACUCUGGUCCGCGCCUACCUGCUCACCAAGGACCAGACGUACCUGAACGCUGCGCUGCGUGCCACCGGCCCCUACAAGCUGCACUCUGAACAGCACGGCGUCAAGGCUGUCUUCAUGAACAAGUACGACUGGUACGAGGAGUACCCCACUACACCAGGCUCCUUCGUGCUCAACGGCUUCAUAUACUCGCUGCUCGGUCUCCACGAUCUGGCCGAGACGGCGGGCGAGAAACUAGGCCGGGAGUCUGGCCUGUUGUUCUCCAGGGGCAUGGAGUCCCUCAAGGCCAUGCUGCCACUGUAUGACACGGGCUCUGGCAGCAUCUACGACCUGCGGCACUACAUGCUGGGCACAGCCCCCAACCUGGCACGCUGGGACUACCACACCACGCACAUCAACCAGCUGCAGCUGCUGGCGUCCAUCGAUAACGCGCCCAUCUUCCGGGAUGUGGUGAAGCGCUGGAAGAGCUACCUGAAGGGGGGGCGGGCCAAGCACAACUAGGAGCCGGUCCUGGAGGGGGGGGCGGGCCAAGCACAACUAGGAGCCGGACCUGGACCAUGAACUCUAUGGGGAGGUGUGGGAGGGAAGCGGGUGGUAUGUGUGUGUGCACAUCUCUGUGUGUGUAGCCUACGUAGCUAAGUGUGUGUGCACAUCUGUGUGUGUGUGUUUGCACAUCUCUGUGUGUGUGUAGCCUACGUAGCCACGUGUGCACAUCUCUGUGUGUGCACAUCUCUGUGUGUGUGUGUAGCCUACGUAGCUACGUGUGCACAUCUCUCUGUGUGUGUAGCCUACGUAGCUACAUCUAUCUGUGUGUGUAGCCUACGUAGCUACGUGUGCACAUCUCUGUGUGUGUGUAGCCUACGUAGCUACGUGUGUGUGUGUGCGCACAUCUCUGUGUGUGUGUGUGUGUGUGCACAUCUCUGUGUGUGUGUGUGCACAUCUCUGUGUGUGUGUAGCCUACGUAGCUACGUGUGCACAUCUCUCUGUGUGUGUAGCCUACGUAGCUACGUGUGUGUGUGUGUGCACAUCUCUGUGUGUGUAGCCUACGUAGCUACGUGUGCACAUCUCUGUGUGUGUAGCCUACGUAGCUACGUGUGCACAUCUCUGUGUGUGUGUAGCCUACGUAGCUACGUGUGCACAUCUCUGUGUGUGUGUAGCCUACGUAGCUAUGUGUGCACAUCUCUCUGUGUGUGUAGCCUACGUAGCUACGUGUGUGUGUGCGCACAUCUCUGUGUGUGUGUGUGUGCACAUCUCUGUGUGUGUGUAGCCUACGUAGCUACGUGUGUGUGUGCGCACAUCUCUGUGUGUGUGUAGCCUACGUAGCUACGUGUGCACAUCUCUCUGUGUGUAGCCUACGUAGCUACGUGUGUGUGUGCGCACAUCUAUCUGUGUGUGUAGCCUACGUAGCUACGUGUGCACAUCUCUCUGUGUGUGUAGCCUACGUAGCUACGUCUAUCUGUGUGUGUAGCCUACGUAGCUACGUCUAUCUGUGUGUGUAGCCUACGUAGCUAUGUGUGUGUGUGUGCGCACAUCUCUGUGUGUGUGUGUGCACAUCUCUGUGUGUGUGUAGCCUACGUAGCUACGUGUGUGUGAUCUGGUUACAGAGAAGGUGAAAGGUGUGUUCAGUCUAAAAGCGCUAAAUGUUUGCGGUGCCGUUCGUCCCGGGUCUUAUUUUUGCCACUGUAAUUGCAGCUGUGGUCUAUUCCGAGCUAGCUGUUGUAAUUAUGUGCAAACGUAGCUUCAGGGAGUGUGUCUGUGUGUCUGGGAGAAAAAGGGUGCCCCCCCCCCCCAUUUGUCUCUUCACUCAUCAGGAUGCUACAGAAGAAGAAUGUCUUGAAUAGCUUUGUUCCAACACUUUAUUCCUUCACUAGUCUCCCCUCUAAUGUUCUCCUGUGUUUUGGGAUGGCUGAAGAACUAGCUGACUGAAACCAUACUGUAAACACUCGAUGGAGUAUGAUAUGAGUCUAAUUUAUAAAGACUCUUUUUGGAGGAGAGUCUGUAUGAAUUCUGAAUGUUAGAUCAGGUUUUUCCCCCGACCGACCAGUUUCCCAACAACAUUGAUAAUAGUUGUUUUGAACGUACCAAAUGUUAUUUGUUGUUCUAUGAAAGUAAAUAGUCCACCGAUUGGUGUUCAGAGUAGAAAGAUAAGGAGCUACUGUCGUCAUUCACUAACAAUAGCUCCCCUGGAUUAUCAUGAGUAACCCCAGAUGUAGAAUCAGUUUAUUUUAACCCAAUCCCAACCUAAAACAUCAGUGUCCAAUUAAUAGAUCUAACUUGCGAUCAGCGGCAGGGUAGCCUAGUGGACUAGUAACGGGAAGGUUGCAAGUUCAAAUCCCCGAGCUGACAAGGUACAAAUCUGUCGUUCUGCCCCUGAACAGGCAGUUAACCCACUGUUCCUAGGCCGUCAUUGAAAAUAAGAAUUUGUUCUUAACUGACUUGCCUGGUUAUAUAAAGGUUAAAAAUAAUGUUUUUUAAAAAGCCCUUAGGGGCAGCAACUUCUCACCCCCUCCAUUCCCAUAGGCCUCAUAACCACCUCACCACAAUCUCAUUUUGGGGGGCGAAGAUUGAACCCUGCGGAGCCCCGUAGUCCUAAUCUGUUCAGGGGCGGUGUCCGUGUAGCUGCUCUCAGGUCAGUUUGAUUGCUCUGGGACACGGGUUGUAUUUCAGCCCAGCAAUGGGAGGCAGCAUCCCUGAUCCCCGGCCACAACUAGCUCCCAUUACAGCUCCCUGGGGUCGGCCCAUCAUCCUUCACAUACUGGAGCCAGAGGCAUUCGCUAUAGUCGUUACAUUACAUCCUAUCUUUUCCCAUUGCCAGGAAAUGGCCGCCCUCCUCAGUCUGAGACUGGAGCUCUGUUCAUGUCCAUUAUAAAUCCAUCUUGAAUUCUUCCUUAGUGAUUUCACUCAUUUUAAUUUCACCAUGGGUUGAUUUUCGUGAACCCUCUCCAGUUGUGAGUGUCUGAUCAGCAAAUGAAAUGUAGAUGAAUGUAACAUCUCAUUGAAUAUUGUUAUUGUUUCAGUAACACUGACAUCAUAUCCUAUUUUACAUUCAUUGUCAGAAAUACUGGCUACUACACUACAUUUUAAUUACUCUAUCAAUCAUCUGGAAAUUAUAUCAAUAAUUUGCCAAUCAAUACACUACAAUUCUGGAAACGCGUGUGUGUGUGUGUGUGUCUGUGCGUGUGUGUGUCUGUGCGUGUGUGUGUCUGUGCGUGUGUGUCUGUGCGUGUGUGUGUCUGUGCGUGUGUGUGUCUGUGCGUGUGUGUGUCUGUGCGUGUGUCUGUGUCUGUGCGUGUGUGUGUCUGUGCGUGUGUGUGUCUGUGCGUGUGUGUGUCUGUGCGUGUGUGUCUGUGCGUGUGUGUCUGUGCGUGUGUGUG